GUUGUUGCUGCCUGCGCCGACUUCACUGCGAGCAGGUAGCGAAUUUUGAAAUCGCUCCGCUCAUUCUGCUUAAAAACAGUACAAAAAAGAAGAAAAAAACACAUAAAAAAAAGAAAAGAAAAGCGGUGAACCCCACAAACGGAGUGCAGGAGGUGUAUCUGUGCAGCGCGUAUGCCUUAAAUAACGAAUCUCGACCAAAUUCGAUACCAAGAUGAGUGCCACCACAAAUACCAACACCAACAACAGCAGCAACAACAACAGCAGCAACAUCAGCAGUACCAGCAGAAACAGCAACGAUGUUUCCAAGGACUCCUCCUCAUUGUUCAAGUACUACAUAGAAAAGUGUUACGUGCUGCCGUUGGACCUGAAGAAUGACAUUAUCUACUGCCAGCGUGCAAUGCGCGACUUUCUCAAUGUGCACACGCUGGUAUCCGAUGUGUUCAAGGAGCAGGCCGAUGCGGAUCCGGACCAGAUGCGUCGCAUCCUCGAUGAGCUGCAGAUGGAGGUGCACGAGAUAAAUGCGGAACAGCAGUUUCUAAUGUUGCGGCUGGACGAGCAUCUGGACGCGUUCUACAAGAAGCUGGAGGAGAACAACAUUCGGACUGUACCUGACGUGGGCAACGCCUACAUCUCCAGCCUGAUAGUGCCUUUAAUUAGCGAUGCCAACUACAUUGUCUGCCCGCAGUCGGUGUUGUCCCGCGACACCGAGGACAUGCUCAUACGCAAGCAUUUUCUCAUUUCGCAGGACGAUGCUGGCAUCGAGCCGCUCAAGCUCAGCGAGCUUGACGACAAUGUGAACCUGAUGCUCGUCAAUGCCAAAACCGUCAAGGCAACACCGUCAAGCGGCAACAGGAAAAACAGUUGCAAUAUGGCGCAAGGCGCCACCAGCAGCGAUCCGUUGUCCGAGCAAAAGCUGCGGCAGCAACUCGAUGAGCAGGCAGAAAGCAUCAUUAAAUCCGAUGAUCCCACAAUGUUGAUGAUGAUGGGUCCACCACCGCCACCGCCACGGCCAAUGCCACGUCCACGGCCCAUGCCACUGCUAAAGAAGGUGUUGACCGGAAAAAUGGUGCGGCAGCAGCAGCCGAACUCGCUUCUAGCGUCGCGUGGCACUCAGAGCGCCAAAGUGCCGCCACAAAAGUCAAAUGCCACACAACAGCAGCCACCAAAGCCACCAACAUCAACAGCAGCAACAUCGCCGACGCGCUCGUCGCUGGUGGCGGCAGCAACUGCCGCAGCUGCCCGGCAACAACGAGCGCCACGUUCGGAUGCCAAGCAGUCGGCCAUCAAACGCAUUUCAGCUUUGCCGCCCGUUGGUGCAAAGGUGCAGAGGACUCUGACGCCACCGCCGCUGACGAUAGACUUUGUGGAAGUCGCCCAGAGUCGCAUGAAUUUGCAGCAGGCGCUGCGGCGUGCUCGCAAAACCAAACAGCAACCGCGCCAAAUCGAUGAGGAGGAUGCUCUCGAGCUGCCCAGUCCAAAAAUGGCGAUGCUUAACAGCAAAACAACAACAGCAGCAACAACAGCAGCAGCAGAAACAACAACAUUAAAACAGCUGAACAGCAAUGCAUCGCUUAAGAGCAAACUGGGCAAAGCAUUGCAGGCAGCAGCUAAAGCUCCUAGCACAGCGAUGCCACCGAGAAAGCCAACAGUGGCAACGGUUCCGGCACCGGCACCGGCAGCCAAACCGUAUAAGACUCGCAAUGUGCAGGGAACUGUACGGAAAAUGACACCACCGCCACCGCAGCCACCGCCUCCUCUGCCGAAACUGCUGGCAACACAGCAGCAGCAGCAGGCGAAGUCCACGCCAGGUGGUGUUUCAUCGGGCUCGUCGGAUGAUCUGCACCAGGAGCUGGAAAUGGAGCUGGAGCUGGAACAGCAGCGUCUGUGCGCGUCGGCCGCACAGUGGCGCGAUGAGCCCCGAGAGUCGCGUGUCAUGCCCUUGGAAUACGGACAGGAGAAUUUCCUUGGCCUGUUCGGACUAUACACCCAUGACAUGGUGAAGAAACUGUGCCAGCGUCACUCGAAGCGUAAGCGUCGCACCGUACAGAAUGCGAGUGGCGUGGACUUUCACUAUGGCCAGCAGCUGGCGACCAUCGAUGCGGUGCGUCACAAGAAGCUGAAGAACAAGCCCGAGUUUCUAUUGUCGCCCAAAAACAAACGGCUGCAGGCAAAGAAGGCGCACAAGGCAGCAGCCGCUGCUGCGAAUCGCAAGAGCAAAAGCAAAACGCCGGAGAAGUUGUCCGAUCCGUUGGCCAUUUGCCAUAUGCCGGACGUUGGCAAGCAGAAGUGAUUGACGCGUGCUGCAUGCUGAUGAGAUGCCCGUGCUGCCAUGGCCAAUAUCAAUCUGGAUUGCCACAAGGAUGUGAAGGCAAUGGUGCAGUCGCGGCCGUUGUCCAUUCUGCCGUUAUCGUUGGGCCGAGGAGCUAAAUGUGUUUCAAACUAGUUGCUAAGAAAGUUGUUUUACAUACAUAUAUUGAGAAUGGCGGCAGUUGUCUGUCUCCGCUUUUUUGUUGUUCAUUGCAUCCUGAUCGUUGCAUCCAGCAUAUGUUUGGACAUGCAUAUGUUGUCUAAUUUCCAUUUCCAUUUAUUUUCUUUUUUUUUCUUUUCUUUUUUUGUGCGUAUUUUUAUUACAAAAAAAAAACUUAAAUUUACAUAUUUAGAUAUGUAUUUAAGUAUUUGACAACGGAUUAACUAAAUAAAUACUUGUAUUUAUGUACACAUAUAUUGAUUCCGUUGCAAGGCAUGACUUAUAUACGUAUGUAGACGAUUCAUAUGUAUAUUUGUUGUAUUCUUAAUUAGUGAACUUUAGAUCGCUUUGUUUUCCAUACCAAUCUACACGCAUAAGGCAAUCGAUACUAUGUAAAUGUGUUUCAAUUAAAUAAACUGUAAUAUUGAUAUAUUAAGUUGUAAA